AUGUUGCCGGCAACGCGAUCCGCGGCCUCAAUGGCCCUCCGAGUCAAGCCUGCCUCUGCGCUGAUUCCCUUCCGAGCCGCUGCCGCCUUCACAACAACGUCUCGACAAGAUGCCACCUCGCUGACCCCCCACUCCGCGAGCUUCGGCAAGGUUCGCAAGGAAGUUCCCCUCCCCAGCGAGGAGGGCACCAAGGGCGUCAUGCAAUAUGCGCUCACCACGCUCGACAUCGUCGCCAACUGGGCCCGUCAAUCCUCCCUCUGGCCCAUGACCUUUGGCCUCGCCUGCUGCGCCGUCGAAAUGAUGCACCUCUCGACCCCACGAUACGACCAAGAUCGCCUCGGCAUCAUCUUCCGUGCCUCCCCCCGUCAAUCCGACGUCAUGAUCGUCGCCGGCACCCUCACCAACAAGAUGGCUCCCGCCCUGCGCCAGGUCUACGACCAGAUGCCCGAGCCCCGAUGGGUCAUCUCCAUGGGCAGCUGCGCAAACGGCGGCGGCUACUACCACUACAGCUACAGCGUCGUCCGCGGCUGCGACCGCAUCGUCCCCGUCGACAUUUACGUUCCUGGGUGCCCACCUACGAGCGAGGCCCUCAUGUAUGGCAUCUUUCAGCUGCAGAGGAAGAUGCGCAACACCAAGAUUACGCGAAUGUGGUACAGACGGUAA